AGCAAUUUGUGAAAUUUACGUGCAUAAAGUCGCGAAAAACUAUGAAUUCUUAUUAACGUUGUUGAAAGGAACCUGAAAAACUUGUCGCAAACAGUUUGCAAAGUUAUUUUACAGCCCUUGCAACAUACAGAGACAAAUAUUUUCUGCUUGCAAAAAACAUGGCGCCCACUCCGCUGCCACUGGAGCAAAUGCCCGGUGCGAAUGCGGGCUAUCUGCCAGCCGGGCAGGAGGGAGGACCGCGCAUCAAUACCAUGUCCAUGUCAGUGCUGAUCGAUUUUAUUAUCCAGCGCACCUACCACGAGCUGAUGGUCCUGGCCGAACUAUUGCCACGCAAGACGGAUAUGGAACGCAAGGUGGAAAUUUACGCGUAUGCGGCGCGCACGCGGCAUUUAUUCACACGGCUCAACGCUUUGGUCAAGUGGGGCAACUCGGUGUCCAAGGUGGACAAGAGCUCGCAGAUUAUGAGUUUUCUGGACAAGCAGAACAUGCUGUUUGUGGAAACGGCCGAUAUGCUGGCUCGCAUGUCGCGCGAGACGUUGGUCCGGGCACGUUUGCCCAACUUUCACAUACCCGCUGCUGUCGAGGUUCUGACCACGGGCACUUACAACCGUUUACCCACUUGCAUUCGGGAGCGCAUUGUGCCGCCGGAUGCCAUUACGCCGGCAGAAAAAAAGCAAACACUGUUGCGCCUGAAUCAGGUCAUACAGCAUCGUCUAGUCACUGGGAAAUUGUUGCCGCAAAUGCGCGAAUUUCGAAUACGCAAUGGACGUGUCACGUUCGAGGUGAAGCACGAGUUCAGCGUGGCCCUCACCGUCAUGGGCGACAGUCCGAAUGUGCCCUGGCGCCUGCUGGACAUCGAUGUGCUGGUUGAGGACAAGGAGACGGGCGACGGAAAGUCGUUGGUGCAUCCGCUGCAGGUCAACUACAUACACCAACUGAUACAGGCGCGUCUCGUGGAGAAUCCCAAUGCCUUGAGCGAGGUGUACAAUUGCCUGCACUAUUUCUGCCAGUCGCUGCAGCUGGAAGUGCUCUAUACGCAAACGCUCCGCCUGAAUUACGAGCGUCUCGACGACAACAAUAUCACUGUGGAGGAGUAUGUGCCUGGCGUUAAGCUCACGGUGUCGUAUUGGCGCGAUCUCAAGUCGGAGCUGGGCUACCGCCUUACGGUUCAAUCGGACCCCAGCGAAAUCGGUCGGCCGCUGGUCGUUGUUCAUGUACCCUCACUGGGCGCCAAGGAGUCCGCCGAGGUGGCCGAUCGUGCCGUGCGUUCGGAGCAUCUCUCCAUGGAGCGCUUGAUUGUGCACACUGUUUACAUACGUUCCGUGUCCCGUUUGAGUGAUCUCAAGCUCGAGUUUCAGGCUUUCCUCAAGGACGUUGACUUUAAUCUGCAAGGCACACCAGCUAUUCUGACGGUGCCCGUGCUGUCGCCCUGCUUGCGCGCGGAACAAAUUCAUAUCACCAUAGACACGCACACCGGCAUGUUCCGUUGCCAUGUGCCCAAGCACUUGGAUUGCCCCAUUACGGAAGAGAUGCAGGACUGUUUGAAUACGGAUCGCAGCAAGCUGCCAGCAUUGUUGUCGGAGCUGCGCUAUUGGAUCACUCAUCGGCGCUGCGAAAAAACGCUACAACAUCUGCCCGCUACGGCCACAGAGACGUUGCCCUUUCUCACUCUGCCCGAGCAGGAGCUGCUGCAGCCGGGCCGUCACAAGAUCUAUGUGAAGCUGCAUCGCCACCCUAACAUUAUUCUGGUGGUUCAAUUGAAGGAGAAGCCUGCCAUGCCCAACGAGAUGGAGUAUACGUUUCAUCUGGGUUUUGUCGUCUUUCAAAAGGACGAAAACGAUGUUGUGGAUGACUCGGCUAAGCAACUGGUCUCCAUUGUGGCUCAACCGCCAUCAGAGAUUCCCAAACUGUACACAAAACUGAUGCGUCUCAUCGAGUUUGACACUUUUGUUGCCACCCAUGGACCCGGCACAGAGGUCGAUGCAGAGGUAUCACCGCAUAAGCGUAAAUCAAAUGGCGAUAUUCUAGCCCCGCCCGCCAAGCAGCAGAAGACCAUUUUUCCGGCAUAUUUCAUACCGGAGCUGGCGCAUGUCGUGGCCAUGUGUGAUGAGAAGAUACCAUUCCUCAAUCUGGCACAGACGCUCUCCAAGUACCGCAUACCGCAUAGCGGCCUGCAAGUGGAGGCGAAUGCCACCUCGCUGGUGUUAAAGAUUCUGGCUCUGCCUCAGCCAGGCACCAACAACCAGGCCACGACAGCAGCUGGCGAGCAAAAGCCGGCGCCGGCGCCAAGCACAUCAUCGGCGUUGCCCAAGAUUGAGCCACAUGUCUGGGAUGAUUUAAUGCGACGCGUUCUGUCUAUUUCGGUGCGCUCACAGACCAACAAGAAUAGUCAGGUGCGCAUCUGGGUGGUGGAAUUUGUGUUCUACAGCACACCACUGCAGAGUACCCAUCAGAAGGAGCUGGGCAGUCGUCGUACCAUCAACCUAACCUACGAGCAGGCCAAUCAUGAUUUUUCCAAAACGGUCGAGGAUUUGCUUAACGACUGGUCCAAGAUUGUCUACUUAUACACGCUGGUUUACGAUUUUGCCGAGCAGUUGCGCAACAAGCGACUAAGCCUGGGCGAUAUGCUGGUGGUCAAAUCCUAUACGUACGCCAACUUGCUGCUGGGGUAUGGACCCAAGAAGGAGGUCACCUGCAAUAUUUACUGGUCUGUGCAGUCACACGGCUUUCGCCUAACCUUUGUGGGCGGCAUCUCAGCGGUCAAUGCGCACUCCAUGAUGCGUGAUCAGCUGGCGCAGCAUCUGAAUCAACAACACAGUCUCACGACCAUCGCUCACAUACUGCAUGAGACCUACAAUCCCAUGAGCUCCAUAGCCAAGCUGCCUGUGCUGCCACUGCUGGGCAUACCGCGCCCGCAGGUGCCCGUGCUGUCGUUCUGCAUGCUGCCACAGUCGCCCUGCCUGAUGCGUUUGACCUACCAGGCGGUGUAUUGCUUGGAGCUGCGUUUCCGCGCCAACCGGCUUGUUUCUAUACGCGACGGCGCCAGCAGCCGUUUCGAGCGCAACGUCAUCGAGGAGUUUACGCCCAUUCAGGGCCUCAAGGCUUUCUUGUCCAAGUAUGUGGAUGAGUCGGCCGUUUACAGAGGUCGUGCGCCGCAUGACGAUGACAAUCCGCUGUCGCCCAUGGGUCUGGAGGAUAAUUUCGGCGGUCCGAGCAGUGUGACUGGUGUGAGCGCGGGUGGAUCUUCGCCAUUUUUGAGCGCCGGCAUGCGCGGUCCACAGUCUCCACGGGAUAGUGGUCUUCGCUUUCCCGCACCCCAUACACCGCCCUCCAGCUCAAAUCCGCACACACCGGCCAGUCCCCAUCCCAGCGCUGGCGGCGGCGGCGGCGGUGGGGCUCAGAGUCAUGCCAAUUUUAAUUUGACAUCGCCACCAGCACCGCAUAUGCCGCAUCCGUCACCUGGCGGACUGAUGCCCUCAUCGCCGCUGAAUCCACAGCCCAGUCCACACAUGGUGCACAGUCCGGGACCCAAUACGCUGUAUAUGCAAAGCCAUCAGGAUUCGCCUUUUACAGCCAUGUCGCCGGCAAACAACAAUUGGCCGGGAUCGCCCAGCAUGCCGCGGCCUUCACCCCGGCCUGGGCAGAGUCCAGAGCACAAGAGCACAGGUGGCGGCGGCCCAGGUGUGGGUGCUGGCGAUCGAAACGUCACCCGCGGCACACUCAACCGGCCCUGGGCUGGCGCUGUGCCCACGCUGCUAACGCAUGAGGCACUCGAGACGCUGUGCCGUCCCAGUCCGCAUCCAAACAAGGACAUCAACGUGGCCGACAUGAGCCCACUCGAACGCUUUUUGGGCUGUGUUUACAUGCGCCGUCAGCUGCACCGAAACAUCCAGAGCGAGGAGACAUUGACGGCGCUUAACUCCACGGAGCCGGGCGUGGUGCUCUUCAAGGUAGAUGGUCUGCAGUGCCAGGUGAUGCUCAACCAGCUACACAUGCAGUCGCUUCAUCUGAAGGUUACCCAGCUGCCACCCAUGCCCGACAAGCCCACCUUCCAGCUGAGUCCCGAUGAUCUGCUCGUAAUCGAGCAGUACUUCGAUACGCGGGUCGCUGCCCCGCCGUAUCGUCCCAAUGCACUGCACAGCAUCUGUCGAUUGUUGAACCUGCCCGGUCAUGUGCUCAAGGAUUUCGUGCAGAUCAUGCGCUUGGAGAUGAAGCCCGAGCUCGGCGGCGAUCAGCUCAAGUGGACCGUGCAGAUGUGCAUGCGCAUGUCGCCCUCGGCGAUGCCCAUUGUGCCUAUUGGCAGUGCCUGCGUGGUGCUGGGCCGCAUGAAGAUUCUGUUCUUCUUGCACAUUACACGCAUACCGUACAACGGCAAGGACUGGAAGGACAGUCCGUCACUGGUGCUACCCAUUGUCCACGACAUUGCCACAAAUCUCACCCAGGUGGCCGAGCGGCGGGAGCAGGUGCAAUCGCCCACAAUGUCCGCUGCCAGCGCGCUGUUGCGUCGCUUUGCCGACUUCGGGGUGCAGCAGAAUCAGUGCUCCCUCUUUCCGGCCGUCACAGAGCUGCUGACCAAUCUGCAGAUCACCACGGAUCUGCCGCCGCCGCCGCCCAAUCAGCCAAUCGGGCCGCCUGUAGGCGUUGGCGUGGGCGUGGGUGUGGGCGUUGGAGUUGUGGGCUCUAGCCCAAAUACGAUGAUGCCCAUGCAGCAGCUGCAGCCGCAGGUCGGACAUGGGCCGCAGCUUGGCCCGAAUCCUGGCGGUCCGCAGUGAUGAAGGCGCAAGCGCCG